AUGAUGCCUCAGCGCAACUAUGAUCAACGCUGCACUCAACACCUGAUUGUCAAAGUAGCAAUGUCCUCCGUUAGCAGGGACGAUAGGCUUUCAAUGAUGGAGAACGAAGAGAAAACUUCGUCUUUGUCGAACAGUGGAAGUGGCGAGGGAUCGCUGGACCGGCUUCUCCCCUCGGUAAGCACAGGCCUUUCACCCAGGAAAAGGACUACCAGCCAAUGUAAGUCUGAGCCUCCGCUCCUACGCACCUCCAAACGAACCAUCUACACCGCUGGCCGUCCACCCUGGUACAAUGAACAUGGAACACAGUCCAAAGAAGCCUUCGUCAUUGGAUUGUGUGGCGGCAGCGCUUCAGGAAAGACAACAGUAGCCAGGAAAAUCAUCGAAGCUCUGGAUGUUCCAUGGGUUGUCCUGCUCUCAAUGGACUCUUUUUACAAGGUCCUGUCCCCAGAGGAGCAGACUCUGGCUGCCAGUAACGACUAUAACUUUGACCACCCUGAUGCCUUUGACUUCGAUUUGCUGACCCACACCCUGCGAAAACUCAAACAGGGCAAGAGUGUGAAAAUUCCUGUGUAUGACUUUACGACCCAUGGGAGACAGAAGGAGUGGAAAACCGUAUAUGGUGCCAGUGUUAUCAUUUUUGAGGGAAUCAUGGCCUUUGCAGAUAAAAAGCUUUUGCAGUUGUUGGACAUGAAGAUUUUUGUGGACACAGACUCUGACAUCCGUCUGGUGCGUCGGUUGAGGAGGGACAUUACAGAGCGAGGCAGAGACAUCGAGGGUGUCAUCAAACAGUACAACAAAUUCGUAAAGCCAGCGUUUGAGCAGUACAUCGAACCCACCAUGCGCUUGGCUGAUAUUGUGGUGCCACGAGGUGGUGGAAAUAUGGUGGCCAUCGACUUGAUCGUGCAGCACGUUCACAGUCAGCUGGAGGAGAGGAAACUUCGCUGGGAUAUGGCAGCCCUGGCUUCUGCACACCAGGCCCAACCCCUCCCCCAGACCCUCAGUGUUCUGGAGAGCACACCCCAGGUCAGGGGCAUGCACACCAUCAUCAGAAACAAGGAAACCAGCCGCGAUGAGUUCAUCUUCUACUCCAAGAGGUUGAUGCGACUGUUGAUUGAGCGAGCACUCUCCUUCCUCCCCUCGCAGGUCCACGUAGUCCAGACACCCCAGGGAGAGGAUUAUGAAGGCAGGACUUUCCACGGGAAGAGGAUCACAGGCGUGUCCAUCCUGCGAGCUGGGGAGACCAUGGAGCCGGCUUUGAGGGCCGUCUGCAAAGACGUACGCAUAGGCAAGAUCCUCAUCCAGACCAACCAGGACACAGGAGAACCAGAGCUUCAUUACCUGCGUCUUCCCAAAGACAUCAGUGAAGAUCAUGUUAUUCUUAUGGACUGUACUGUUUCCACCGGAGCUGCUGCCAUGAUGGCUGUUCGAGUCCUACUGGACCAUGACGUUCAGGAGGACAAGAUCCUGCUGGUGUCUCUGCUGAUGGCUGAAAUGGGAGUCCAUUCAGUGGCCUAUGCGUUCCCACAGGUUAAAAUUAUCACCACAGCCGUUGACAAGAAGGUCAACGAUCUUUUCCACAUCAUACCUGGCAUAGGAAACUUUGGAGAUCGAUACUUUGGAACAGAUGCACCUCCUGACUGGAGCGAUGAAGAGAUGGAUGAACCCAGUUACUAAUGAAAUUAUUGGCAGUGCCCUAAGUUAUUGGGUGAAUCAGGGCUCUGCCUCCUCGAAGGACAAUAUGAGGACAAACACUCUGUUGGGCCUUAACGUGGGUCCUUCAAGGGCCAAAGGUACCCUGCGAGAUCAGCUAAAAAAGGAACAAAGAACAAAGCGACAACUUUGCAAAUGUACAUUCAUCUUAUGGAAUUUUGAAGUAUAUUAUUUUAUCUUGUGUAAAUGCUGUUGUGGAAAGUGUUAUGAAGGUUAAAAUAAUUUUAUAUGUACAGUAUGUUCUUAAAUCUAAAUAUUUUUAUUUUAGUGUUUAAAGUCUGAAAUUUGCAGGCAUAUUGAUUUGAAAAGAUAUCUGUCGCCUUAAGCCGUGUACUGUGGACGACACAACUGAAUGUGAAAUUUGCACAUGCCAUAAAACAAUCGAACAAAAAAAUUUUUUUUACCACAUACCUUUCUCACAACUUUCACAAAAGUAAAAUCGGAAUAUGAACUCAUGUUGCUCAACCUCCAUCGCCACAAGCACUCUCUGAAGGACCAUUCAAUUGGAAAAUGUGUGGGCGUAUCUGUCUUUUUUUUUUUUUUAGCUCUCUGGUUCACCUUUUUUCCUUUCUCUGGAUGCUGACCUAACCAGUUGAAACGGGUGUUGAAAACCGUUUUUCAUUAUACAGCUAAAAGUAUGCACUUGUGGCGUAUAUUUAUGCAGCAUGUCCUUCAUUUACAUAUUUAGUUCUAUGGAUAGACCUGACCAGUCAGCAGGCAAGUCAUACAUCUUUUUGCUGCUAUGAAAAUGGGUCAUCUGCAUUUAACAAACACAGAUUAAAUGUUUAUUUCAGUCUCACACAUUCACACUCCUGAUUUAUGCCUUUGUUUCUCAUGCAAUAGAUGACAUUCUUAAAAAUAAAGGGCUCUUGAGUCGGGCAUACACAUGAAUUGAGAUCAUGUCAGAAAGUGCGGCGUUCACAAAGCCCUGCUAGUGCCUGAUCUGUGUACUUGGUAUUGAAAUGAAUGAGAUGUGUCUGGUAAAGUUGGUGCCUUUUUCACUUUGCCUUGUUCUUUUUAGAGAAAAGUUAACAGUUUGCCAGACGUUGGGUCGCACUCCACAAUAUUCAUCCAUAUGUUCAUUUGAUGCAGUCGGAAAUCAAAAGCAGAGACGUGCUGCAUAAUAAGCUCAUUUUGAUAUCAUUAUGUAGCUUCAUUAAUAGGACACAAUUAAUUGUCAUCAAAGAUUUUGAUGGAACAUUUGUAAGGUUUUAUUUAUUUUAACUGCAUGUUACAUUUCAGAAUGAUAGAAAUGUACAACAUGAAGGGGAAAAACAUGAAAUGAGACAUGUUGAAAAUGCAACUUGUAUUAGCUACAAGUACUGUUACUAUCCAUUGUAUUACUUUCCAUUUAGUCCCCUGCUACUGUGCUGUAUUCGCUUACUGCUGAAUACAACUGUUAGUGAGUCACUCUGUACUGAAAAUGCAUCGAUUUUGUUUGCAGCCUCAGCGUUUGACUGCGUGCUGUUUUGUGCUUACCACUGCUGCUGCAUGUUUUUUAUAUAUGUUUAAUAAAAGUGCAGUACUGCUUUCAAA